AUGAUUGCAGCCAGUGACAUCACACCCGAUCUUCAUCACGGUUUGAAAGCAAAUCCAGUCAUUGAAUCGAAAUGGAAAACCACCAAACCGGUUCAUGCUACAAAGGCAUCCUUGCUAGAUCUCUUGGAAGGUCGAACUCCUAUCCUCAACGAGCCUGAGUUCCUUUCCAAAGCGGACUGUUCUAAGCUCACCAAGACAUUGGAGCCAAGACUUACACCGUAUCUCCAUGCUACUGGCCCAAAAUUGGCAAAAGUAGGCAUUGCUCAGUUUGAGUUUCAAGCACAAAGUGAGGAUGACUUGAAGAAUAGGUCUGGAAACGAGAAGCAGGAAUACUUCCAGGCUGUACGCGACCUGGGCGACCCGCAUGGAAAGUUGGAAGCGGAAAUUGGCGUAAAUGCGUUCGCUAAGGUCUUUCAGUUUAUUAAAUCAAUUGCACCUGAAGACUGGGAGGUUAUGAUAGCCACGGAGGUAGUAGAUGACGGGACACAAUCUUACUUCGCUGGCAUCUUUCGAGUAAUCAACAACGGAACACCAGUUCAUUGCGAUUGGGCGCCUUAUGAUACUCGGACGGAAUCAUGGGCGAUUAGCCGAUUGACCCAUCAACUUGCGGCCAAUCUUUGCAUAACCCCACCACCCAUCAAUAGUGGUGGUACUACUGUUCACGAUUUGCAGUGGUCUCCCGAAGCAUUGAAAUUUCGUGACCCCGAUAGUUAUGGAUAUUUUCCGGAGCUUGUUGAGGGACGUCAAAAGGUAGACUUCCAACCUCAUAUUGGUGAUCUAUACCUCUUCAACUCUCGCAAUAUGCACCAAGUACAUCCUGUCUAUUCCGAGAUAGGAACGCGCCGUUUGGCGAUGUCAAGCUUCCUUGGAGUUAUUCCGCCACUGAACGAAGGUGAGAAGACGAAGUUGGUGUUUUGGGGUUAA